AUGUCACUUGAAUUUCUCAACUUUAGAUACAACUAUUUGACUGGUAUCAUUCCACAACGUCUUAUUAAUUCACCAUCCCUUAAAGUUUUAAAUCUACAAAUGAACACAUUUCAUGUCUCUCUGAACCUCUAUGGCAACCACUUGGAAGGCCAUUUUCCGAAAUCCUUGUCUGGCUGUAAAAAGUUGGAGUUUCUAAACCUCGGAAGCAACAAAAUAGACGACAAUUUCCCAUAUUGGCUUCAUACAAUGCAAGAUUUGAAAGUAUUGGUUUUGCGUGACAACAAGUUGCAUGGUCCCAUUGUCAAUUUAAAGAACGAACAUCUAUUUCCUAGCUUAAUCAUUUUUGAUAUCUCUGGAAACAACUUCAGUGGUUUUAUAUCAAAAGCUUAUUUAAAUUUUUUUGAAGCCAUGAAGAAUGUUACUCAAGUGGCUAGGGAUAGCAGUUUGCAAUACCUGCACGAGUCGUAUAAAACAUACGCCUCAGGAUACUCAGAUUCUGUGACUAUGGGGACAAAAGGGAGCAAAAUGACACUAGUGAAAAUUCCAAGAAACUUUGUAAGUAUUGAUUUGUCAAGAAACAGAUUUGAAGGAGAGAUUCCAAAUGCUAUUGGGGAGCUUCAUGCACUCAGAAUCAGAGGGCUUAACCUUUCCCAUAACAGACUCACCGAUCAUAUUCCCCAAUCCAUGGGAAUCAUUGGAUCUCUCGUCAAAUAUGCUUUCCGGUCAUAUUCAGCCAACAACUUUCGGAGUGAAGAGAAAUUUGGAUAUGGAUGUGGAUUUGUGAUUGGAAUAGGCAUUGGAUACUUUAUGUUUUUAAUUGGAAAGCCUAGAUGGCUUGUGAUGAUAAUUGGUGGUCAUCCUAAGAGAAGAGUGAAAAUGUCAUAG